AUGAAAUGGAGGCUCACGUACGGUGUUCUGUGUGAUAAGAAUGUGCUACAAAAACUUAAAGAUAAGUUCUAUAGAGCUGUGGUGAGACCGACUAUGUUGUAUGGGGCGGGAUAUUGGCCAGCCAAGAACUCCCAUGUACAGAAGAUGAAGGUGGCUGAAAUGAGGAUGCUGAGACGGAUGUGCGGACAUACCAGGUUAGAUAGAAUUAGAAAUGAAGUUAUCCGGGAUAAUAUGGGUGUGGCCUGUCUGGAGGACAACGUGCGGGAGGUGAGACUUAGAUUGUUCGGGUAUGUGAAGAGGAGAGGCAUUGAUGCUCCGGUGAGGAGGUGUGAAAGGCUGGCGUUGAAGUGCCUACGAAGAGGUAGAGGCAGGUCGAAAAAGUAUUGGAGAGAGGUGAUUAGGCAGGAUAUGGCGUUGCUCCAACUGACCGAGUACAUGACCAUGGAUAAGAAGGUGUGGAGGUUGAGAUUAAAG